AUGGCGGCGUUGCGGGGCCCGGACGGGCCGUGGGUGCUGUGCCUGUGCCUGUGCGCGGCGCUGCUGCCGCGGCCGGCGCGGGGCCUCACCGACGGGCUCUACUGCGGCCGCCGCGUCUGCUACGAGGUGCUGGGCGUCAGCCGGCAGGCCAGCAAGGCGGAGAUCGCCCGCGCCUACCGGCAGCUGGCCCGGCAGUACCACCCCGACCGGUACCGCGGGGAGCCCGCGGGCGGCGGGGCCGGCGGCGCACAGGCGGCACACGAGAAGUUCCUGCUCAUCGCCACCGCCUACGAGACCCUCAAGGAUGAAGAAACACGUAAAGAUUAUGACUACAUGCUGGAUCAUCCUGAAGAGUAUUACAGGCAUUAUUACCACUACUACAGCAGGAGAUUGGCACCUAAAGUGGAUGUCAGAAUAGUGAUCCUAGUUACCGUGUGUGCCAUCUCUGUGUUUCAGUUCUUCAGCUGGUGGAGUAGUUACAAUGAAGCUAUCAACUACUUAGCUACUGUACCAAAAUACCGUAUACAAGCCACUGAGAUUGCUAGACAACAAGGUUUACUCAACAAGACUAAAGAAAAAGGAAAGAACAGGCGAUCUAAAGAAGAAAUUCGUGAAGAAGAGGAAGAAAUUAUCAAAGACAUUAUUAAAAAUAAAAUAGAUAUAAAGGGUGGUUAUCAGAAGCCCAAGAUAUAUGAUAUCCUUCUAUUUCAGAUCCUUCUUGCUCCUUUUUAUUUGUGCAAAUAUGUGGUUUGGUACUGUUGGUGGAUUUAUUGUUUCACUAUUAAAGGGCAGGAGUAUGGUGUGGAAGAGAAGCUGUAUAUCAUACGAAGGUACAUGAAAAUGUCUCAGUCUCAGUUUGACAGCUUAGAAGAUCAUCAAAAAGAGACCUUUCUUGAACGGCAGCUGUGGAUACGAGAAAACUACGAGGUCUAUAAACGAGAACAAGAGGAGGAGUUAAAGAAGAAGAUGGCCAUGGAUCCCCGAUGGAAGCGAUAUCGGCGGUGGAUGAGAAAUGAAGGACCUGGAAGACUGACUUUUAUUGAUGAUUAAAAGUUGACGAACAAAAUGUGUGCUAAUGUUGAAAGUGAUUUGCAAAACUUUUCAUUACGUCGUUCAGAGUUUUGUCUGCUGUGACUUAGCAGUGAUCUAAAACUCAGGAAUUUUAAAUCAGGCUGAAGCAUAAUACAGGUUUACCAUUUUUAUAAAUCAGACCUAUUAAACAGGCUCAGCUCAAUGUAUAUAUGCCAUUUACUUGGGGAUCUCAGUAUGGAAUUCAUUAUUCCAAACAAUGUAUUUUUGCUAGAUAUGUCACAUUCAUCAUCAAUGGAACCAUAACUCUAGUUUUUCUGAAAAUAUUCCUAGUUCAAACCUUGAAAGUCUUGUUUUUCCUCUUUAAAUUGAAGGGUUCCUGCAAAUGGACUCUGGAAAUUCAUAAAAAGGAUUUCGAAGCAAGGACCAUUUUCUGUUUUCCUCUCUUUUCUCCUACUUUUCAAUCUAAUUUCUAAGAUGCCAAAUUGGUUUUUUUUGAUGUAAACAAUAUGGGGAUUAUACCAGACUACUGCUAUUCCUGGAUUUUAUUUUUUGUGGGAAUAAAUGAUGCAUGAUUGAUCAUCAGCGUGAUGCAAACAAGCCUUAAGUCUUUGUUCUACAGAGUAAUUCAUGAAAUAGUAUGUUUAGAUAUUUUGUGUUCGUUUUUUCAUCUUGUACAUUGAAUUACACCUGGUUGUUCAGAACAAGUAUACCAGUGAAAAUUAGUCUACUAAAUGUGACAUUUCUUUCACCAAAGUAUUGGUUAAAGGGAAAAAUGACCCUUUUAUUAAAAAGGGCAAUUUUGAUGCCUUAAGUAAAUAAAAAUUUAUAUAUGCACACUGAAUUUGUUUUAAAUUCUAAAUCUAACGUAUUCAAUGUGUUUAUCUCUUCUGAUCAGACCUCGGAGUACUUAGAAUAAAUGAUGCAUAACAGCA